AUGAAGCCUUCAUACUGCAAAUCCUCCCUCACGGCAGGAAAGCCUGUUAGCCGCCAUGUCACAACCGCAUUCUCAAAGACGACUAGACCAAGGUCACUCUCUACAGCACCCCUAGUUGCAGACAAGGCGACUGGUAUUGUCACACCUUCUACUUUGGCAGCUCUGCCCACACCAGUUCUCAUGAGGUCUCUUUUGGUCUCUGCCAUCUCCUCAAAGCCUAUGCUCCUCGGCCCUUCACUCGCAGCGCUAUCAUUCUUCACAAGACCAAACAGAGGAUUCUUCACAGAUGUCGACAGAAACCCUGUUCUUCACUCUUUGCUCAAGAGCGUUUUUUACAAGCAGUUCUGUGCGGGAGAGACACCAAAGGAGACGCAAGAGACCAUGCGGCACCUGAGAUUUAUGGGUUUCCGCGGUACAAUCCUCACAUACGCGAAAGAAACAAUUUUUGAUGCAAAGACGAACGUGGAGCACGGCUUGGGUAUCGAGUCGGAGGAUCUGACAAAGGGUGGUCUCGAUUCUACCAUCGAGUCCUGGAGGCAGGGUGUUUUGGAGACUGUCGAUCUACUUGGUGAUGGCGAUCAACUUGCUCUCAAACUUACAGGAGCCGGCCCUCGUGUCACAGAAGCUUUUGCCGCAAGGCAGCUGCCUCCCCAACAAAUGAUGCAAGCCCUCGAAGAAGUGAGCCAAAGAUGCAAAGACCGUGGCGUGAGACUCCUCCUUGACGCCGAGUCUCAACACUUCCAAUGGGGCAUCUUCCUUGCAGGCAUGGAACUGAUGCGCAAAUUCAACCGCGACGGCUACGCUACGAUUUACAACACUUACCAGGCAUAUCUCAAGAGCACUCCGACCACCCUGGCCAAGCACCUGGAGAUGGCCAACCAAGAAGGCUUCACGCACGGCCUGAAGCUAGUCAGAGGCGCCUACAUGGGCUCCGACGAGCGGUCCCUGAUUCACGACACAAAGAAGGAUACUGAUAACGCCUACAACAGCAUCGCGCAGGGUGCCCUUAGGCGGCACAUUGGAGAAUAUGGAGCCCCGGGCGGCAAGCCGUUCCCCUCGCUCAACCUCUUCCUGGCGAGUCACAACAAGGAGAGCGUGGUCACGGCGCACAAGCUCCACCAGCAGAGGCUAAAGGAAGGACUCCCGACGGUGCCGGUUGGUUUCGCGCAGCUGCAGGGCAUGUCGGACGAGGUCAGCUUCUCGCUGCUGGCGCUCAAGGAGGAGGGGAGCCAAGACCCUUCGCCGCAGGUGUGGAAGUGCUCGACGUGGGGCAGCAUGGGCGAGUGCGUGGCGUAUCUUUUGCGGAGGGCGGUGGAGAACCGGGAUGCCGUUUCUAGGACGGUGGACGAGUAUGCGGCGCUGAAGGCGGAGGUGGGCAGGAGACUGCGGUCUAGAUUCUUCCGGUCUCGGACUGUUGGCUAA